AUGAAGCUUUUGGCGGUAAUCGUGGGCGGCGUUGCCCUCUUCUCCGAGGUUGCUUCUUGCCAGGGCUUCUUCGCCUCGUGCAAAUCCAAUUGGUACGUUGAGCGUGGAACCUCCAUCAUGUAUGCCGAGUGCAGCAACGAGGAUGGAGACUUUGUCGAAUCCAGGUUGGACUUGAACAAGUGCAUCGCCAACGAUAACGGCGCUCUAUCGGGCCGAGAAAGGGGUAACUUCUACAACGCCUGCCGGUCGUGUCUCCCGGAUACUCUCCUACCCGUUGCCGGUGAAGAUGUCGGCUCCGGAGGACUGGUCCCAAGUCUUCCACCGCAGACCUCCAUCUUGACCUGUGCGUGCUCGCAAAAGGAUGCGACCGAAGUUCUCAACUCGGACGUUGAUCUGGACGCCUUUAUCGGAAGCGAUGCCGAUGGCAUUCUGAACUGCUUUGGCCAGUCUGGCGAAGAGGUGGAUGAGUAG